UUCGAGCACCUUCUGGUAAUUAUUGAGCAUGACUUCGCGGGUUAUCUGGCCCCGGUGGAUGGAACGGUCGCUCGCGGAUCGCGUCGACACAACACGGCUGGCCGAAACGCGUACCAGCCACGAUGAUGCCUGACAGCGUUGAAAAUUAUUUUUCGCUACCCCAGCAUAGCAAGAAGGCAUUCAGAAUCCUGACCCGAUGUGACGCAUUGAACAGGAUUCGAGGGUCCAUGGAUCAAGAAAUGGCGGAAUUCCUCGACAACGAGAGGAGAGGACGCACGCAUGAUGGAGUGGACGUGGCGGAGUAUACGGAAGACGGCUUUAAUCUUAUUGCUGCCAUUGCUACUGGCUAGAGUGAAAUGCGAGGCUCCGUUGGUGGACAGCAGCGCGCUGCCCUUGGAACACAGGUCGGUUUACGGGCCCCCGGCACAGUAUGGACCCCCAGUGACGCAUGGCGCCGAGGAGAACUGGCCGUUGGCGUCCCCGGAUACGCCCCAGAUAAAACAUCUUCAGGUCCAGUGCGAGAAAACGCACAUGCGUGUCAACAUCGAGUUCGAUCGACCGUUUUACGGGAUGAUCUUCAGCAAAGGCUUCUACUCGGAUUCCCACUGCGUUCAUUUGAAACCAGGCACGGGUCACUUGAGCGCGACCUUCGAGAUCUUUUUAAAUUCCUGCGGUAUGAGUUCGUCGGCCAAUCACAACGUGGCGGCGUACGGGGCCCCGACGCCGUCGGGCAGCUACGUGGAGAACACCAUAAUCGUACAGUACGACCCGUACGUGCAGGAGGUCUGGGACCAGGCGAGGAAGCUCCGUUGCACCUGGUACGACUUCUACGAGAAGGCGGUGACCUUCAGGCCCUUCCAAGUGGACAUGUUGCACGCCGUCACCGCGAACUUUCUCGGCGACAAUCUGCAGUGUUGGAUGCAGAUCCAGGUGGGCAAGGGCCCGUGGGCCAGCGAGGUGUCCGGUAUCGUUAAGAUCGGGCAAACCAUGACGAUGGUCUUGGCGAUCAAGGACGACGAGAACAAGUUCGACAUGCUGGUGAGGAACUGCGUCGCCCAUGAUGGCAAGAGGGCUCCUAUCCAGCUGGUGGAUCAAUACGGUUGCGUCGUCAGGCCCAAGAUCAUGUCCAGGUUCCAGAAGAUAAAGAAUUUCGGACCCAGCGCCUCGGUGGUCAGCUUCGCCUACUUCCAGGCCUUCAAGUUCCCCGACAGCAUGAACGUUCACUUCCAGUGCGUCAUACAGGUCUGUCGGUACAACUGUCCCGAGCCAAAGUGCGGGCACCCUGGUCUGGAGUAUGGCGCCCCGGCUGCUGGUUUGGCUCAAGAGUACGGUGCAGCGGUGCACCAGAACCUUGGCUCGGAAUACGGAGCACCACCGGUCCCGGAAUACGGCGUACCACCAGCGUUUGCUGACCCUAGACACCCCAGUGGUCCAGCUGGAGCUUACAGCGAACCGAACGCGGACGUGGUGCCAGCGCCGCAGGCGCAAACCUCAUCCUCUUCGCCCAGUUCGACGCCGGGUGACGCGACGGCCAGCAGCUCGCCACAAAGUCCACAGGAUAACAUUCACCUACCUCCACCCCCUCUUCCUGGUCACCCGGCAGCGGCCUACCAGACCGUGAAGAGAAAGGGAACCGCCGGUUCCGAGGAGCUCGAGGGCAACCUGGCCACCCUCGGAGGUCGCCCGAGGUCGGUAGAAGGUUUUCCAGCCGAGCUUAGGGGCGCUAGGAGGCGGAGGUCCGACGAUCACGAACAUCUGGAAGACGACGAUUCCAGUAUCUACCGAACGAUCACCUUGGUGUCGACCCACGUGUACAAACGAGCGGCCCAAGAAAUGACGGACGUGAACACCUCGAGGACGAUCCAGGUGGUGGCGCCGGGCGACGUGAACUUUGCCCUCGGUACGACGAACUCGAGCAACGACACCACGGUGGUGAUACAGAACGCGAGCGCGUCCGCCGAUCCCGAGACGAUCUGCAUGAGUUUGCCAGGUUUCGUCGGCGGUCUGGUGAUGCUUCUACUGGUGGUGGUCGUGGCCUCGCUGGUCGCGGCGUUCCUGUUCGUGAGGGUGCGCGCCGUGGACCGGAAGAACGUGGGCAUGGCCGGGAGCAGCUUCGUCCAUCCCGCGUACGCAACGGAGAACUGCGCCGUGCCGAAUCCGGAGUUCGUGAAGGUCGCCAACUGAGAUCGCGUCAAGACGAAAAAAGGAACUCAGUGAAGGACGACGGGAGACCACCCCUCUCUCUCGAGGACGGGCGAUCUCGAGGAGCAGAGCGUUGCUCGGGGAUGUUAUUCAAUUCGAACAUUCUUUUCGUUCUGCUACGUUCCCAAUUGAAAUCUCUUUCUCCUACGACUCUCUUCGCCGACCGAUCAGAUCAAACGCCCGCGUGUGUUUCUUCCGUUCGAUCAAGUUCCGCUCGAAUGAAAGAACGAGCCGAAUAUGCUCGGGUACCGUGUAAAUAUGUGCCCUAGGAAACGACGUGCUCCGCAGGAGAGAGAACAGGAAACGAGGAGGACGGAGUCGAAGAACGACGACGUCGGGGCGCGUUCCAUCGGUCGAGAAAAACAGUAUUUCAUCGUCAGUCUACGAGAAUAAAGAGCUUCGAAACGAAGCUGCUCUACCCCCGAACGUCGAGGAAUUCGAGUCGCGGCGACGGUGGAACGUUCCCCGGUGUUCUUCGAGCCGGACUUGGUGGCACGUUGUGAUCGCAGUAGAAACGAAACUAGCCUAAUCGCGCGGUAUAAGAGUAAGUCGCGGCGUGCUGCGAUGCAAGGCUCGUCAGACGAUCGCCGGAGCCGUCUCGAGGGGCAUUGUAAAUAAGUCGAGAGUAGUCAGACGGCCCAACGAGACGCGCGGGUUCCUUCGAAUGCGGUAAUGAUUCUUAAAACGAACGCAGAGGCGACACGAGCAACGUUUUUUUUACUUCGCUGCACGAAAGACGAACGAUACCAACCGCGUUUAAGCGACGUUCGUUUUACGAAUCAUCGCGCGUACGCACGAUUAUUUAUACACGAUUCGUGCACGUCGAAAGGUAUUCCUCUUUCUUCCAACAUCGUUUUUUACCUCAUUGUUCUCGUCGCGCCAUGGGUUUCGCGUCGUCGACCUUUCGUGGUGGAAGGUCGCCGCGACGCUGGACGUUACACGUCGACGUUCACGGAGCUCGUGGCUGACCCUUCGUACGCUCGCGAAGCGAGCUUAUUUAUUGAUCCCUUAACUAUUGCAUCGUUUCUAACUCCACGCUCUUCCCCAUUCGAUCGAUCUAACCCUAAUUUAUUCAUCGAAAUUAUUGCCAAGACGUUCCACCCUCCACCCCCACACACGUUCCUCGCCUUGCAUUCUUUCUUAGAUUUUUCCACCCUCCCCCUCUCGGACCCCUCUUCGCUUAGUAUUUAUGAUUUUCAAGAGUACAUAUUCCCCGACCCCGGGGGAUAUGUUUUAAGUAUGUGUCGUAAGCACACAAACACACUGACACACAGAACGUGCGCGCGGAGCUUGCGCGUUUAGUUCGCGGGAGGACCGCUCGUUGGUCAAAGUGCGUCUAAUUUAAUAAACAUACGGUUGUAACGCACACGGACGUCACCGGAGGCCGGGAUAAUAACUCGUUGGCUGACUUUCGGGAACUAAAUGUUCGAGUUUCGCCGCUUCACGUUGCAGAUUUGAUCGGACCAUACACAUGUGGACACGCUUACCAGCGUGUCUCAUAUUGUAUACAUCGUUACAC